CACUGCUCCAAUGGCCGAGAAAGGCAAACAGAUCGGUGCUAUGGAUCCCAUGGUGUCAUCUGAAUCUUUAGCCCACAAAGCUUCAGAGUCUGCUGCAGCUAAAUGGCUCAAUUCUAUUUGUUCCACCGAUUCUCUGCCUCUCCAGAACGAGACUCAUGGCUUCCAGGAGAGCUUAAUAAUUCGUCAGUUGACUGUCAAUCAGGUAGAGCCUGGAAUCGUCAUUGCUGCCAUUAAAGUUCACUCUUCCCUCACGAACAGAUACAAUACGUUGCAUGGAGGAGCAGUUGCAAUGAUUUCUUAUAUCGUGGGCAUGGCGGCUGUAAAGACUGUUGCAGUAGAUAAGGAUUUUGUGCCGGCUGAACUAAGCAUGUCUUAUGUCUAUGCAGCGCGCAUUGGAGUGAGUAGUUUUAUACCCUUUUGAUUGGUUUUAUUCUUUGUUAUGGAGAUUUAGUGUUGGUUCUGGUCACUUGUUUAGAUGCCCUUCUAGAUCUAUUUUGGUGGAUGUUAUUGCCCUGGUUUUGGGGUUAAAUAGAGGAAAAUAACAACUUUUUUGAGAUAUACCUGUGACCUGAAUGCAUUUAUGUAGAUGCAUCAAAUCUGAUAUUCCUCCUUCGGUUCAAUAGAAAGUUUGUGUCAGUUUGGGAAAAUAACAAGUUUUUUGA